AUGUCUACUAUUGUAACCAUAGACCCAUCAUCACAUACAUACACCAUCAGUCCACCUUCUUCAACAACUUCAUCAUCACGUUCUUCGUCUCCAAUUGCAUCAUUCUAUCAAACUUCAUCUACAACUACAUCUGCAACUUCAUCAUCUGAUUCUUUGGAUACAGUUAAAUCAACCACAUCAACAUCAACUAUCAAAUUGUUGCCACCAGCUUCAUCAUCUUCUGCAGAUUCCAUCACCAUUCCAAUACUGCGUACUCCAACCCCAUCAUCUGCAUCUACACCGCAAGUGCUGCAGCAACAACACCAACACCAACACCAACACCAACAACCAAAAACAAAGCCAAAACCAAAACCAAAACCAGCACAACCAAAAUUCAAAUUACCAAACUAUUAUGUACCACCAUCUAAAUUGGUGCAUCCUUCUAUUGCUGUAACUUCUUCUUCUUCUCCACCACCACCACCACCACCACCACCCGCACAAUCAAAUGCGUUGCAGCUGGCUGCUUCUUCCACCACUAUAGCUAAACCACCAUUGUUGCGCAAAAAGUCUGGUGAAUUGAUCAAAUCAUCACUCAAAUUACCAGCAUUGCUUCAACGUUCAAUAUCAUCACCUCACAUAUCAGCUGAUGGACAAGUGGAUGGCAUUGUUUCACCACGUAAACUGGUUAGAUUCGCAUCAAGGUUAAUCAAUGUUCGUAUGUUUGAUGGGUGCGAUACACCUGCUUCUGUAUCCAGUGCUGGAUCACCAUUGGAUUCACCCGAUGAAGGUGAAGAAGAGGAUUACUUUUAUACAACUGGAGCAAACAAAAGCGGCUCUAGAGCCACUUGUGAUGGGUUUGAUUUAUCAGUUCCCGCUUUUGAAGAUUUUGAAUUUAGCAAAUUCACCAACAAGACUGCCAAUUUCGAUUGGAAUUUCAAUUUUGCCAAACCUAAAGAUGAGAUUAAAGAGUAUAGAUUGAUGUCACACAAUAUUCCAUCAACUACAACACCAAACACUACAAAUUCCACAUUGUCCAAGAUUUGGAUGACUUCAGCAUACUUGUUGAAAGUAAACAACAAGACAUAUUUAUGUGGAUGGUUAAAUGUGGUGAAUAUGGCAUUUGCCAAGGAGAUUAAUUUGAAGUUGACAAUAGACAAUUGGGCAUCGAGUAUUAUUGUUGCUGGAAUCACAAAGUAUCAAAAAAGUAUCAACUCCUCUUUGGAUCAAUUCAAAUUUAUGUUGGAUCUUGAACUGUUUAAUAUUGUUGACGAAAAGACUAUUGAAUUGUGUCUUGAAUACAACACCAAUGGACAAACAUAUUGGGGAAACAAUGUGAACCAAAACUACAAAUUCGACAUUGAAAGGAAAAAGAAUAAGACCCAAGCAAAGGUAACUGCACCACCAUCAACGUCACAGUAUCAAGCUGCAUCUAAACCAAAACUGCUGGCUCUGGGCUCAAAACAAUCGAUAAAUUCAUCAGGGUAUGAAGAGAUUUGCACAAAAUUGCUCAAUCAUAAAUCGUCAUUGGCUUUAAACUUUACCAAUGAUGAGUUUUCGUUUAGACCAAGUUUGAAAAAGAGUUAUUCUGCUAGUGAUGUCACCACGACUAGUGGCGGAGCUGCUGGUGCUACAAGUUAUGGAGCUCCAAGGUAUUCUAAUAGACAACGCCAAAAGGACAAUAGUAGCAGUAAGCAAAAUGGUGGGUCAGGAAUUAAGGAUAUGACAUAUGCCGAUAUCUUGCAAAAAUAUUGUUUUGCUGGAACUCCAAGUUCUCCAUCGCCUGCUGUAACCGGAAAUGCAUCAACUACGGCGACAAGCACGUCUGCUGUUGGUAGUACUACUUCCGGUUUGACUGUUAGUGCACCAGCAAGUGCUCAUUCGAGUCCAUUAAUGGGAUCGUCGUCAUCAUCAUCAUCUUGUCCAUCGUCACCACAACCAGUUGUUGUUUCUGCUCCUGCUGCUACAAUUGCCGCACCAACUCAAACAAGCAUCUUUAUUUGA